CUUAGCUUCUCAUCUCAUUAACUACAUUUCUCUUUUUAAUUUUGUUCCAUUAUUACUAUAAAUUUUUUGUUGCAGAAAACAUGGGGUUCUCAUUGAAGUUUCAUUGUUGCCUUAUAUCUGUCAUGGUGUUACUGCCUACACUGUGUUAUGCUCAGGACUAUGUAAAGUCCAGAGCAACUUACUAUGGCAGCCCUGAUUGUUUAGGGACUCCAAGGGGAGCUUGUGGAUAUGGAGAAUUUGGAAGGACUGUGAAUGAUGCGAAUGUGGCUGGGGCUUCUUACAGGCUCUACAAAAAUGGAACUGGCUGUGGUACUUGCUAUCAGGUUAGGUGCACAAACCCCCAACUCUGUACUGAUAAUGGGGUGAACAUAGUGGUGACCGACUACGGCGAAGGUGACAACACUGAUUUCAUCCUCAGCCCCCGCGCUUACUCUAGGAUGGCACAAUCGGACAAAGCGGGCGAGCUGUUCGCUUACGGAGUAGUCGAAGUAGAAUACCAGCGAAUCCCCUGCCGCUACGGUGGUUACAAGAUGCAAUUCAAGGUUCAUGAACAUAGCAAGUACCCAAAUUACUUGGCCAUUGUAAUAUUAUACCAAGCUGGCCAAACUGAAAUUCUAGCCGCAGAUGUUUGGCAGGCGGAUUGUAAGGAAUGGAUAGGGAUGAGGAGGGCAUACGGGGCUGUUUUCGACACAACGUAUCCACCAUCGGGAGCAGUCACUUUGAGAUUCCAAGUUCAAGGUAGAGCGGGUGUAUAUUGGGUGCAGGCAUCAAAUGUUAUUCCUAGUGAUUGGAAAGCUGGAGUUGCUUAUGAAUCAGAUAUUGAGCUUGAAUGAAAUGCAUCGCAAUUGUACUUCUUGAGAAAAAGAAAGUAGGAACCUUUUAAAAGAUAAUUAAUUUCGUCAAUUAUAGUUGCUUCAUUAUUAUUAUGUUAUUAAGUAGGUGUUUAUAAGCUAGCAAAAGUGCUCAAAACUUUGCCUUGUGCUUAAUAAACAAAAAACUUGGGCAUGUGUACUUUUGCUUGAUGUAUGUGUAUCAAUCAAUAAAGUUGCACUAUUGAGAGA